CGCAUGAUUUUGGAAUAAGAGGAGGACAUAAUGGCCAACUCAGCACUGGAGAUCGUGGGUUUGCUGCUGACCCUGAUUGGGCUGAUUGGGGCGGCCGCAAGCACCGGGAUGCCGAUGUGGCGAGUCACAGCCUUCAUAGGGGAGAACAUCAUUGUUUUUGAAACUCGCUAUGAGGGUCUGUGGAUGAAUUGCUAUCGGCAGGCCAACAUCAGAAUGCAGUGUAAGGUAUACGACUCCAUCCUGGCCCUGCCCUCUGACCUCCAGGCGUCGCGCGGGCUCAUGUGCUGCGCCCUGGCGUUGGCCGGCCUCGGCCUGCUGAUCGCUUUGUUGGGGAUGCAGUGCACGUUGUGUAUCCAAAACAACGAUCAGGCAAAGCGGAUGGUCCUUAUCGUUGCAGGAAGCAUGAUCAUAAUUGCUUGCAUCUGCGUCCUCAUCGCUGUGUCCUGGGCAGGUCACGUCAUCAUCAGGGACUUCUACAACCCCUUGCUGAUAGACGCCCAGCGCCGGGAGCUCGGCGAGGCUCUCUACAUCGGCUGGGUGGCCUCCGCCUUCUUGUUGAUCGGGGGAUGCAUGUUUGUUUGUUGCAAUGUGCAGUCUGAGGACAAAGGUUUGGAGAGGUACAGGUACGCAAGGACCUCCGACUUUGUGAACUAUCCUCCACAGCCACUGCAGCCUCAACAGUUGGUGGUACUUCCCCAAACACAACCCCAGUUUCAGCCAGUACUGUCGAGGCAUCCAUCAACCAACUACAGCUACCAUUCCAGAUACCCUUCUGUACGCAGCGGGGUGGCUUAUCUCUGAACACCGCAACUGACUGAGGUAAUGACGAGUACAGUAAUGGUCAAUAUAUGCGUGGGGAAAUCUUAGCUUUGCUUGGCAGUGCGAUCCCAGACAUUUCAAUGAAAAACUCAUUUCAGUAAAUAAACGUGAACUGUGAAUUUAAACGGAUGAGAUUGAUAUGGAUGUCUGUUUUAAAUCACCAAUAUGGAAUUGUAUAUUUCAUUUAAUGAGCACUUAUAGGGUUUGAUUUAGAAGCAGUAGUUACAGAAUAUGCAUAUCACUGAGCCAUGACCUAUCCAUACAUGAUUGUUAUUACUUUGUGUUGCAUGUCAAUAAUACUGACAAACUAUGGUCAUGUUAUCAUUUUUGUAUACGUAUGCUUAAUAUAAAAAUGAAUUCAACUAUUAAUCAAUGAGUAAAGUGACACAGGUUUUUUGUGUUUAUUGUUAAAUGCUAUUUUUUGUUUGGAUACGUAUGACUGAGCUAUGUAGUAAUACAGAGAAGUUAAACUCAACAGAUAUUUCAACCUAGUUUCCUUGAACAUAAAUGUUGCACCUGUGUGGUAUUUUGCACAUUUGUGUUGUUAAAAAACAAUUCCCCUAAUACACAUUUUCUUCAUCCUUGUUGUGAGUUGUUUUUUCACCAGGUCAGACCAGUGUUAGAUACGGGAUCAGGCGGGUACAGGGCCCUUGGGACAGAAAACGCUAAAUUUCAAGUCUUUGUUUAAGUUUGGGGUGAUGCCCUGCAGCUGUUGGCCACUAAUAAAACUCAACAAAUGCCAGAGUAAACAUGAGAUGCAAGUUGAAAACUGCUUGUUAAAGGUGUGGACAGCUGCCUUAGUGCUUCAGAAGAAGCCAGACAGAGACGACCCAGCGGCAUGAUCAUGUGAAAAGAAUUUGCAACUCAAAUUCAACAACCAACAGUAGUUCAGACCAUUUCUAGGUUCAUCGCACUCCAUAAGUUUGAGGAAUUAGAGCACAUUGUUAGUCCUCAGUGACGUAUAUUAGCUCUAUUUAUUCAGCUCAUUACAUUUUCAGGGGAGAUCAAAAGCUAUACAAUAUCAGUUCCUUAUACAACAAAUGUAAUAACAGUAAAGUUCAGUCAUUUCAUUGAUGUUUCAUACUGAAAAUAUGUGGUGAUGUAAUGAGGUAAUGUAAUGUUCCCCAUGUUAAAUCAAAAUGAACCACCUGUUUUUGUAUGUAUCUCUUCUCAACAACCCCCGAGUUGUAUAUAUCUAGCAUCUUCUAACUUGUAAUAUAUAAAACUAUAUUUCUGCUACUCAACAACCAAUGUUUUUUUUGGUAUUGUGUGAUGUGAGCUCCUCUCGGUUUAACCACG